AAACAAAAGACACUUUUACAAACGACCUCAAAAAAGCCCAUUUUUUGUUUCCAACAUAAUUCCUCCUCCGUGUCCAGUAUCCAACUUCUUCCCCGGACCGGCGAAGGUCUCGGCUGCCGUCGGAAUCAUUCAUUCGCUGAAGCUUCUUUUUGUUCCUCCUAACAGUUUGAUCUCACAAACAGCUUCAUUCCAUUUUCCCCAAUAUUUUUGACGCCCCGUCUAAAAGUCCGGCACCUUUAAACCCUCGUUAAAACCCAACAACCAUUUCAUCAAAAGGCUGCAGAAAACUGCACGAAGAAAUGCUGAGGCGAAAACUGAGUCCCCUGUUUUCGACCACAAUCUGCAACCUCGCAUUAAAAAACAGUAGUCCAAUUUCCCAUAUUUCUCCAAAACAAAUCCGUUGCGUUGAAUUCUUGAAUUAUUACAGCAACAAUCAUUUUCAUAAUGGGGUUCUGGGUUCUGGCCUCCCUUCACAGUUACAUGGAAGGAAUAUGGAUUUUGCCGGGAGGAGCUAUUCGAGUCUAUUGGCCUUGAAUGAUUUGAGUGAUAACAAGGGAUCCACGACACAGAAGACCCGGAAAGGGCGUGGUAUUGGGUCGGGUAAAGGGAAGACUGCUGGAAGGGGUCAUAAAGGGCAAAAGGCCAGAGGGACUAUGAAGUUUGGGUUCGAAGGUGGUCAAACCCCUCUUCGCCGUCGGGUUCCCAAACGUGGGUUUAACAACCCGUUUAGCCUUACAUUUCAGCCGGUUGGUUUGGGCAAGAUUGCCAAGUUAAUCAAUGCUGGGAAGAUAGACUCUUCAGAGUUGAUCACCAUGAAAACUCUCAAGGAUGCUGGAGCAGUUGGGAAGCAGAUAGAAGAUGGAGUCAGGCUGAUGGGACGUGGUGCAGAACUUAUUGAAUGGCCUAUUCAUCUGGAGGUUUCAAGGGUUACAGUUAGGGCAAAAUCAGCUGUUGAAGCUGCUGGUGGAUCUGUGAGGAGAGUUCAUUACAACAAAUUAGGGUUGAGGGCUUUACUCAAGCCUGAGUGGUUUGAAAAGAAGCGCAGGGAGCUUCCUAAAGCGGCAAGGCCUCCACCAAAACUACAAGACAAGGUGGAUAGCAUAGGACGUCUUCCUGCCCCAACCAAACCAAUUCCUUUUACCUCUGAAGAGAAGGAAUCAAUGGCCUGCUAAUCCAAACUCAUUUUCCUUAUUCAGUGAUUUUUCUUUAUCUCUUUUCCAGUGAAGCUCUGUAAUCCUUUAAUGUCAAGUUACAUAGCUGGCUGUUGAGUAAUCUGUCCGCUUGAAGAUGGAAUCAGGUGUUUUCGCUUUUACUUUCUAGCGGUUCUUAAGAAGCUGCGCAAAUUAUUCUUUAAACUCCGUUAUUCUUUUUCUUGUAAUCACCAAAGAUUUCCACCAUAAAUCUUUUUAAAUAAAAUGUUAUGAUUUUAUUUUUCAUCAAGGAUCAACUGGUUUAUAUUUCUGCG